AUGUGGCUUGUGCUGGAUUACUUUUCCCACACUCCAAGAGCAGAGGGUUGGAUCAUCACAACAAUAGGGGACAUUCACUUUGUGGUUAGCCGGCUGCUUGUUUUCUGCCCGGUGAAAGUUUCCCAAGCUCUCCAUUGGCUGUGGACUGUGAGAACCUCCAAUAAACUCAGGACUCACACAUUCAUAUGGAGAUUAGAGAGUAUAAAUAGAGGAGGGACUCAGAUCUUCUCCUCACAGAGAGCUUACAAAAGAAACAUAGCCAUGGCUCCGACAAUCAUUGCAUCAAUGAUCAACUCCAACCAACUUCUUCCACUUACUAAUAAGCUGAGAAAGGCAAAAGUGGAGAAGAUGCAUCGAGAACAAAUCAACAGCAGCAUGGAGAAGCUCAAGUCUCUGCUGGGUGGAGAAUUCCUAAAGCAACAGCCUGAUUCCAGACAGGAAAAAGCCGACAUCCUGGAGAUGACAGUUUAUUUCCUGAGACAACAGCAGCAAUCACACAAGAAGUCAAGCUGCUCCACUGAAAGCUACAGCAGGUGUGUACAGGAGACCAUCAACUUCCUGUCUCAGUGUCAAGUAUACACUCAGUCCCAGAGAAGAUUGUUGAGCCACUUCCUCACCAUGCAGCCUUCCAUGGAGAAGAGCAGAAGUGUCAUUACUCAGUUCAACUCUCCAGCCUGCCAGAUCAGCAGCAAAGAGGACACUUCAGGCUGCAGUGGCCUCUGGAGACCCUGGUAGAUCCACAUGGUAGACACUUUACCAUCAGGAAACCAACUUACAAAUGCCACAUUGACAUUAAAUUUGUUUUCCUAAGUGUGGUGGACUUUUUGUGUCAACGUUGCAUGGACA